AUGGCCAGCUUCUUCCAGUUCACGCAGGGCAGCGAGUCCCGCGUCCAGCCUGCCGACUCGUCGCCGCUCCUCGGCCGCUUCCGCGCCGUGCCACCCCGACCAGAGUUUGGCCUUCGCCGUAACAGCCAGCUCGGCCUGCUCUCGGACAGCCUCGCGGCGGGACGCGGCAGCGUGCACGUGGGCUACGGAGCCCUCAUUGCCGCCCACCUUGGUGACAGCGACAGUGAGGACGAGUGCAUUCGCCGCGACGGCCGCCUCGAGCUCCGAGAGAAUACCACCGUCUGGGAUCGUCUCUGGCAAAAGGGCGUCAUUGAUCUCUGGGUCGAGCCCAGGCAGUCGGCCGUCAAAAAGGUCGUCGACAGGUGGUGGAGUCGAUACGGGCUGUUGGUCUUGAUGCCGGCCAUCUUGGCCAUCGUAUGGUGUGCCAUACCUUUUCCUCAAUACCCCCUGCCAAGAGAUGAUGAUGGCGGCCUGCAAGAUCCGACAAAGCCUCGCAAGCGUCCUGGCUAUGGCUCUGCCAACGUCGAGGUCAAUUUUUGGUUCUUUCUUUUCAUCUACUAUGGCUUCUACAAUGCUACCGCGUUGGUUUGGAUCACGAAAGUGUUUAACCUCUACAGCCUCAACUGGUGGCCAAGAAUACUAGGGUUCCCCGUUACCGUGUCAUUGAUUGCCGUUAUAUCUCUGGCAGUACCGGUACCCAUCUACCUGAGAUCAGAAACACGCUUCUUGUUAAAUCACAACACUUCGUGGAUCUCGUGGACCUUUUGCGUCAUGGCCAUGCCCGUGGCCAUUGCGUUUCUGAUUCUCAUGACCAAUGAGCGGCACAUUGGCCUGCGACACUCGUUGUCCGAGACGCAGCGCAUCUUCACCACAUCUUGGUGGACAGGGGAACCUGAUACGCUGCCACGGCCCGAUCGACGUCGGCGUAACGUGCCGGGCGACUUGUGGGAGCACGACGUGCUGCACUCGUAUGGGCCAAUGCGCCCACAAGGCGUAGUCAUGAGGCGUAGGUGGCUUCCGGCAAGCUUUAUACGAUUCCUGUGGCUUUGUGUGGCCUUGUUUGUUGGACUGAUGGCGUAUGUGCUCGGAGAGGCAUACGCUGAGCUCUAUUUGCAGACGCUGCCGCACAACAGUUUGGAGACAGUAGUGUAUGUCUAUGGCUGGAUUAUUACUGUGCAUCUACUGGACGCACUUACUGGCUGGGCUCUGGGAAUCAGAGAGGGCGAGCGAGUGGGAAGCUACCCGCUGAGCUGGGUGUUUAAGCUAUAUUUUAUGCUGACCUAUCAGACGUACGUGCGUGCGCUGUACGCUCGACUACGCACACCACAACAGUUCAUCGUACUGCAGAUUCUGUCGUCGACAAGCUUGGUGAUUCUGACGCCGCUGAUGAUGACGCAGACGUUUCAUAAAGCCAUGUGCGUGCUGGGUCUUAACGGGCAAACGUACGGGUCGUAUCAGAAGCUACAGACGCGCAACGUCUUUAUUCGCUUCCUGGCGGAGAAUGCAUCGAUGGCGACGUUCUUGGGGAGCGUGCUGGUACUGCACUAUGGCGCCAACAAGGAUGUUUACCCGUACUUUGCGUUUGAUCGCGACUCGGAGCCGUACAAUUUGAAUUUGACGGUGUAUUUUUCGGCCAUUACCUGGCUUUGCGAGCUGGUGGCGAGCGUGGCGGUCCGGGGAUUGAUCCGGUACUGCUUCAAGGUAGACGUUGGGCUGGAGGGCAAGCUGGACUUGGCGGUGUGGCCGGAGCUGCUGCCAACGUGCGUGGCGGUGAUGCUGCACGUCUUGCAAAAUAUGAUGUUUUCAAUCAUCCGAUUGCAAUUUCAUUGA